ACGUCGAACUCAAUGAAUAUGCGUGGUGGUCAAGCUAGCGCCAUAUUUGUCCUCUCGCCAAGUAAACAUGCCCUACGCUUGCGUGGUUUUCGGUUGUUCGAACCGUUCGAAUCGCGAGAAGGACAAACGUUUCUUCAGAGUCCCCCGGGAGGUCACCAAGGAGGGCGGGAGAGUGCAAGGUUUUCGGAAACGACGACGGGAAAAAUGGCUGUCGAACAUAGCACUGCAGUCCAAGGGAGCGGAGUCGAAGAACGCGCGCGUUUGCAGUGACCACUUCGUGAAAGGGCAACCUGGUAAUCUCUACGACGAUCAAGACGUGGACUGGGCUCCGACGGUGAAGAUGGGUCACGACACGGUCAAGGAGAAACCCAAAACGCGAGACGGAAGAGGCAAGACACAGCAAGAGAAACGUAAACUCAUCGAGGGCGCCGAGGCCCUGCUCGACUUCCACAAAGUGUUGAGGAUGAAAAUGGAGACUCCGGAACCAGAACCGGGGGAAACGGACGAUGGUUCAACUCAUGUCAAUGGACACGAAAUAGCCUGUCAGACGGACUUCGCCGAAGAGAUGGAGACUUUAGGACCAGAUUCAGAGGAAAUUAACCAAAGUCCAACUCCUGUCGAGACCCGUGAAAUAGCCUCCCAGACGGACUUGAAGGCAGACUAUAUUACCCGCAUGGAAGAUGAGCUGAUAAGCUUGAACUCUGAGCUCUACGGGCUGCGGGCCAAGGUACUGGAAACAGCUUUGACGAAGGAGGGAUUUGAAAGAAGCGAUGCCAAGACUAAGUUCUACACAGGCUUUCCCAACUUCCCUGCUUUGAUGCAACUGUUCAGCUUGUGUGAGCCCUACAUCUCUGUCAGUCCAAUGUCUUCUCUGGACAAAUUUCAACAGCUGCUUUUAGUGUUGAUGAGACUACGACUCAACUUGCCAAUUUUAGAUCUGGCGUACAGAUUCCAGAUUUCACAACCCACAGCUUCCCGGAUUUGUAACAAGGUGCUGUCUGUGUUACAUGAGCGACUUCAGUUCUUGAUCGAAUGGCCUGAAGGAGACUUGCUCAGACAUCCAAUGCCCAAGGUCCCCGAAACAGAUCCAGGGGAAACCGACAAUAGUUCAAUUGAUUUGGCCGCUUUGAGAUCUUCGUUGAAAGACCUUCAAACUUGCCUGCUCGCGCACAGACCUGGUCAAACUACAAGAACCUCAACCCUGCCAAGUUUUGAAUUGGUCUCAUGCUCCGAGGACUUGUUCGAUUCGUUUCUCGAAUCUGGGGAGGUGGGGUCGGUGACAGGGAAAUGACUGGAGAAAGUGAAGUUCUGAACAAGUUUAUUGUGUCAGCUGACCGUGGAUUUGUUUCUUACUGUGCAACUUUAAAAAUACCUGCGUUCUUUAAAGGGAACUUCAAUUCUUGAUCGAGUGACCUGAAGGAGACUUGCUCAGAGCUCAAUUGCCCAAGGUCCCCAAAGCAGAUCCAAGGGAAACUGACAAUAGUUCAAUUGAUUUGGCCGCUUUAAGGUCUUCGUUGAAAGACUUUCAUACUUGACUGCUCGUGCACAGACCUGGUCAAACUACAAGGACCUCAACACUGCCAAGUUUUGCAUUGGUCUCAUGCUCCGAGGACUUGUUCGAUUCGUUUCUCGAAUCUAGGGAGGUGGCAUCGGUGACAGGGAAAUGACUGGAGAAAGUGAAGUUCUGAACAAGUUUAUUGUGUCAGCUGACCGUGGAUUUGUUUCUUACUGUGCAACUUUAAAAAUCCCUGCUUUCUCUAAAGGGAACUUCAAUUCUUGAUCGAGUGACCUGAAGGAGACUUGCUCAGAACUCAAUUGCCCAAGGUCCCCAAAGCAGAUCCAAGGGAAACUGACAAUAGUUCAAUUGAUUUGGCCACUUUGGGGUCUUCGUUGAAAGACUUUCAUACUUGACUGCUCGUGCACAGACCUGGUCAAACUACAAGAACCUCAACCCUGCCAAGUUUUGAAUUGGUCUCAUGCUCCGAGGACUUGUUCGAUUCGUUUCUAGAAUCUGGGGAGGUGGCGUCGGUGACAGGGAAAUGACUGGAGAAAGUGAAGUUUUGAACAAGUUUAUUGUGUCAGCUGACCGUGGAUUUGUUUCUUACUGUGCAACUUUAAAAAUCCCUGCGUUCUUUAAAGGGAACUUCAAUUCUUGAUCGAGUGACCUGAAGGAGACUUGCUCAGAGCUCAAUGGCCCAAGGUCCCCAAACCAGAUCCAAGGGAAACUGACAAUAGUUCAAUUGAUUUGGCCGCUUUAAGGUCUUCCUUGAAAGACUUUCAUACUUGCCUGCUCGUGCACAGACCUGGUCAAACUACAAGAACCUCAACACUGCCAAGUUUUGAAUUGGUCUCAUGCUCCGAGGACUUGUUCGAUUCGUUUCUCGAAUCUGAGGAGGCGGCGUCGGUGACAGGGAAAUGACUGGAGAAAGUGGAGUUCUGACCAAGCCUAUUGUGGAUUUGUUUUGUUUUUUUAAAGUGCCUUUGUUCACUAUAGGGAAGUCCUAGCUGUCAUCCUAUGUUGACGAAGAAACCAGAAAGAUAGCUGGUGUAGGAUUAUGGGGACCGAGUUGUUGGACUGGUCAGGAGGAACUGUCAGACUUUACAGAGUAGAGCAAUGAACAUUGUUUGAUUUCUUUGCUUAAUCCAUUCCGUAGUUUACUCGUUAGCCCCAAAAAAGUCUAUAGAUUAGCCACAUGCUUUUUGUAAGCCACAAUGUUUCAAGUUUUGAAUUAAAUCAUGGAAGAUGGUAAAGGAUAGAA